CACUGAAGCAAGGAUGGAAUGGACUACUCUCAAAAUGUUGGCAUCGACCAACCCAUAUUACAGACCAAACCGGAGGAGCCAAACUCCGAGCUCGAAGAGGUACUAUCCGACACAAGUUUAUCGUACUUUUGGCGUCUCCGACGAGCCGGGAGCUUAGAACUGGGUACCCUCUUCCGACUUGCAGCUCCGGCAGUCAUUGUUUACUUGCUCAACUGUUUUACCUCCAUGUCCACCCAGAUCUUCUGUGGCCAUCUCGUCAAUCUUCAACUUGCCGCUUCAGCUCUUGGCAACAAUGGUGUCCAAGCUUUUGCCUAUGGCGUCAUGCUUGGAGUGGGAAGUGCAGUUGAGACAUUGUGUGGCCAAGCAUAUGGAGCACAUAAAUAUGAAAUGCUAGGAAUAUACCUUCAAAGAUUAACAGUCCUCCUCAUGACAACUGGGUUAAUCCUUACGAUCCUCUACAUAUUCUCCAAGCCCUUCUUGAUCUUACUAGGCCAAUCACCCUCAAUCGCCUCGGCCCUUUCAUUGUUCACCUAUGGUCUCAUCCCACAAAUAUUUGCAUAUGCAGCCAAUUUCCCCAUCCAAAAAUUCCUUCAAGCACAGAGUAUUGUGAACCCCAGUGCCUAUAUUGCAGCAGCCACAUUGGUUGUACACAUUUUAUUGACAUGGCUUGUGUUGUUCAAAUUUGGGUGGGGAUUAUUGUAUGCAGUACUGGUAUUGAGCUGAUCAUGGUUUAUCAUUGUGGUGGCACAAUUUGUGUACAUUUUGGUUAGUGAUAGGUGCAAGCAUACUUGGAGGGGAUUUUGUAUCCUUCCAUUUUCUGGACUAUGGGAUUUCUUAAAAUUAUAGGCUUCCUCGGCUGUAAUGUUGUGUUUGGAGAGUUGGUACUUUCAAAUAUUAGUUUUGAUUGCUGGUUUGCUUCCAAAUCCUGAAGUGGCAUUAGACUCCCUUGUGAUUUGCCAAACAAUACUUGGAUGGGUGUUCAUGGUAGCUGUUGGGUUCAAUGCAGCUGCAAGGUCAGUCACUGAAUCCUUUCACUGCAAGGUCAUUUCUUUCACAAUUUUUAUGGAAGACAAGAGGUAGGAGAGGGAAGGUGCUUGAACUAUCAAUAUGGACAGAUGGCAUGAGUGGGAUAGUAAUGUGUUGGAAAACGUUAAUGUGUACACAAUAACUCUGUUUUUUUCGGCUACAGCCCAAAUUAUGCAUAUAAAGUCCAAAUACUAAACUCAACUACUGCACUAGCCCAAAUUAUGCGUAUAAACUUUGUGAUAGUAACGUGUUGGAAAACGCAUUAGCUUUUGGAUUCUUUCAAAGAUUUUUUGAGGUGAUUGUAGGG